AUGACCCUAUCACGAUAUCAACUUUUGGUGUCCUCAUCCCAGAUGCUUGCUUGGGAUGUCCAAACGGGGGAAGCGUCCCCUGUCACAACCGUUCCCUCGGGACCCAAUGGCGUCAUUUGCCGCUGGGACGCAACCAACAACCUCUUGGAUGCAUCCCACGCCAUGGACCGUGUUGUCCAAGCCAACAAGGUCCCUGGCACUCGUUGUCCAACAUGCGCCCUCACGGGCAAAGAGGUUUGGGUUAUCCCCGGCCGUUCUUGCGGAUACUGCGGAACUCCCUGCGACAACAUCAACUUUAGCCACUAG